AUGCCUGACACCGCAACCAUUGCGUCCUUUGUAGCGUCCUUUGCCGCCCUCGCGUCGGCUGGCGGUUUGCUUUCGCUGAUUAUCCUACUUAACCGAGACCGCGCACUGGCUGGAGGGCGGAGCGCGACUCCGAAGGAAACUCCUCUCUCGCCGGUGAAGUUGCCGGUCCGCAAGCGCCCACUGGCAACCCGCGCGACGCCCACCUUCACAGGCACGAAUGACAUUGAGCGCACACUCGCACCUGACGUCAUCGCCAUGCACGAAGAAGCGGUUGCACGAGGCGAAGAGACCUACAUUGAUCCGGACACGGGGUUUACAGUGUUCACUCGGUUGGCCCACCUUCGCAAAGGCCGCUGCUGCGGUUGUCGGUGCCGCCAUUGCCCAUACGGCCACAUCAACGUUCCUGGGAAUCGACCCAAAGCGAUUCCAUCCGCGACAGCCAGCGGCGCUGCAGCGCGCGCGUCGGCCCUACUGGCGGUUGAGGGGGAAGCUGGGGUACCGCAAGACGGACCGACCCAGGAGGCUCCCCACAGCGUCGUGUACACCAAGACGGGCGACAAAGGCACGUCGGCGCUUUUCACAGGUGAGCGUCGCAAGAAGACGGACGUCGUGUUCGACGCACUGGGCGCUGUGGAUGAGCUGAGCAGCCACGUCGGGCUUGCCCGCGCGAUGCUGCGGGACAUGGCGACGCAGCAGAAGGGCGAGAUUGAGCUGAUGGCGACGCUCGAAGAGAUGCAGCAGGAACUGCUAAACGCGGGCACUGUCGUGGCGACACCUGCGGCGCAGCAGUUCAAGGAGAAAGGCGCCGAACACUCCAUUGUGAAGCUCCUGGAGGGCUACCGAUUCCCGGAGAAGACGAUGGAAAUGGAGAAGAUGAUUGACACGAUGGAUGCGCGUUUGGAGCCGCUCCGUAUUUUCAUUCUGCCCGGCGGGGGUAACAUGGCCUCCGCCCAGCUGCACGUGUGCCGCACUACCUGCCGUCGCGCGGAGCGAUGUAUGAUUGCUGUCGGUGACACCCAUGAGGAGAAGUACACGGACCACCUGCGCCAGGCAACUGUUUACGUGAAUCGCCUGAGCGACUUCUUUUUUGUUGCGGCUCGCAGUGUUGCAGAGGAGGACAUUGUGCGGAAGUACGAUUAA